UCUGCGCAACGCUUACUUCGUGGAUUAAGUAUUAUUCUGAACAGUGGCUCGCGUAUCGUCAACUGUAUAUACAGUUAUAUAGAAUAUAAACUAUAUAUGUAUAUUAAGAUAGAACUAAAGAUUACAAUACGUCCGAAAUAUUAGCCCUGUGUGUUCACUCUUAUACCAAGGCGUUAGCUCGUUAGAUUGCUGCACCUCUUAACUCCGUCGAAUAAAUUUGUUUUUUGCCAUUGUCUAUGGCAAUAUUUUUUUGACGUGACUGCAUUAAUUAUUGGUACGUCGGUCAGAUGAAUAUAGCUGGGUGUUGCAAUGGAAUACCUUGCGGUAGGAACGUAAGAGUAGUUUCACGCGAGGAAGAGAUCGCAACAUUAAAAAAUGCCAUUCUCGGAAAAGAGAAAGGAAGGGUGAUUGCUCUUCUUGAGCAAAAUCCUGACUUAAAUUGUAGAGAGGGUGGUCUUCUGGUUUGGGAUGCAAUAAUGAGCAAUCAGAUAGACACGGCAUCGAGGUUGAUCGAUGCUGGCGCAGAUCUCACUGUAAACCAUCCAUCGGACGGAUUUGAUUCAACUUUUCUUCACGUGCUCGUGAAAAGUAACGACCGAAGGUGUCAUCGACUGGCGGCGAAAAUCAUGGAACGUAACGGUGUUGAUAUUAACGCUCGUGACAGAUUUCACGUGACAGUUCUCCAUCGUGCUCUUGAAGGUAGAUACCCGAUCAAUAUAAUCAAAGAACUUCUGCGACACCAAGUCGAUGUGACUGGUACUCCCGUCGUAAGAGCCACUAUACACGAUAAAUCAACUGAUCUACUGGAAUUGCUCGUUAAUUCAUUCCUCGAGUUGGGAACGGCGAACGAGCGGGUUGAAGAGCUACUGUUACGCUGUGGCAGUGCAUCCUUCUGCGAUGCAGACGUAGUACCACUUGUCAAGAUACUUUUGUUAAAAAGAAUACCAGCCACGGAAAUAGAUCAGUUACACUUUGUGGUUAUACAUGCCGUUCGCUCGGAAAAGUAUCUAAUGGUGAAAUUACUUAUAAAUUACGGAUUUAACGUGAACGCACCAGCAUCGCCUUUGCCACUACCGGAUCAUUUUCAUUACAUCGGUGACAAAGUGACAGGUGAGACACCACUGGGUGCUGCAGCAAAAAAGAAUUACGCAGAUAUGAGCUUACUUCUACUUCAGGCUGGUGCGAUAGUCAAUGCUCCAACGCAGAAUUUGAGGUAUGGUAGGAGCUAUCCUAUUCAUUGCGCUUGUGAAGUGGCAUCUGUAAACAAUAUUCGGGUGUUAUUACGCCACGGAGCUGACGUCAAUCUGACCGACAAUCAGGGUCGAACUCCAUUUUCUAGAAUCGUAUACCAUAGACGUACGACCGAUUCGCAUCGAGUGUUCCUUAAACAUUUCGCUCGCUUAGUCAAAAGGAACGUGGCAGUUAAUGAGAGCGAUAUGACAUUCGUACGGAAUCAUGAAGAUAUGCAAUUAUUCUACGAUUCGUGUAUAAACGAAUUGGAAAAAAUGGAAACGGUAUUUAUCUUGCCUACUAUUCCCUUCUCUUGCAUUUUCAAAGCAACUAAGAUAAAACUAUGCUACAUGACUAGAAGUGAGCAGUUUGUGCAAGGUUAUCGCGAUCUACGGCAGAGAUCGGAAUAUCCAAUUUAUUUCGAGGACCUCAAUUACGUAUUUGAGUCUGCUGUAAAACAUAGAAGGCGAUUGAGCACCAUAGAGGAAAUCCUUUACGAAACAUUACUAAACGAUUUACCAACUCUUCCGUUGGAAAGAAUUAUCCGUUUCAUUUACAUGCAUGGAAAUGUAUAGAUUAAUUUAUUCGAAUAUUUUUUCAACUCGACAAAGUUAAGUGCAAUAACUUUGAUGUAGGUCAAUUAUUGCUUGAACAACAACUGCUAACUUUGAUUCUAUAACCAGCAAGCUGUGGGAUCAAAGGAGAACUCGCAAGAUUUCGCUAUUAAUGUAAUGAAAUACUUGACUCUGGUAGUCAUCAAUGUAAAAUUAUCAUUUUAUUAAUCUGCAGCAUUAAAAUUGUACAGGACAGAUAUCGCCGAGCAUCAGAUUCGCGAGCUGGUUCUGAAAGCUAAUUAUCCAACACCGUUUACGGCAUGUGACGGGGACUAUAUUGUUCGUGGUGCGUAUGAAUAGAGACUUGUGGAAAACAUUUGAUUACUGUUGCGUUAAUCGAUCUAACGUCAAUUUCGUCGACAUUUGGGGUUGAACUUUGUUUUCUAUAAUCAGAUUUAGUGAGCGUACGACCAAACUGCUUCGAUGAUCAUUAGGCAUUUCGCUGUUGAGAAAGGAAAAGCCCGUUAUGGAGGAAGUUUUGCAGUGCAUAAAGCAUUAUCCUGACAUCAAUUACUACUACAAUCUGUGCUUGGCCGAUAUUAGAAAGAUGGGAGAAACAAAAAGUAUUCAUGACGUUUCCUUUUAUUCUAUUUUUUUUUUUCAUAAAUGAGGGAAAACUAACCUUCAUGAUUAGAUGUGUCAUAUAGGAAAGUUGUAUUAGUCCGUGAACAAUAGAAGAGCUUCCAAAUGUUUACGAUGAUAUGAAUUUUGAAGAUGGCAUGUGCUCAUUAUACGGACAGUCCUAUACAAAGCAUUGUUACAUUAUUUGCGAAUUAUACUACUAUUAAAGGAAAGAAUUAUCUGUACUCUUUACAUGAUAUGUUCAAAAAUUUGUGGUACAUAAUUUCAUAUUGUACAAUGGUGUACUGAAUAGGAUACUUAAAUUGUAUCUUAGUGUAUGUGUGAUCAAAUGUUCACAGGUGACGCUCGCAUUCCUGCGAGUUGUAUAUUUUUUCUACUCGACUGACAACGGAUAAAUUAAUUUGUUCGAAUCUUUCUACAGUUUGACAAAAUGGAGGGCAAUAACUUUGACGUAAUCGAAAUUGAAUGUCACUGCGAUGACACGUCAAUAGUCGCUUGAAUAACAGUCAAUUUUGAUUCCACAGUUUACUAGCUCUGGAAUUUGAGGAUAAACUGCUAAUAUUUCACUAUUGAAGUACUGAAAUACCCUGGUAGCCAUGAAUGUAGAAUUACUAUUGUGUUAGUUGAUGAAAAAAUUUUUCCAAAAAAUAAAGGAUUAUGUUAAUAGUGUUUGUGUCCACUAAUUUUUGUUGAAUCAAUUAUUAUAUGUCAUAAUAAUGACGUCUAGUGCGCUUGGCGUGUUUAUCUUUUUGUUAUAUUUUUCGCGUACAUUUUAAUAUACAAAUACAAAUCAAUACUUUUAUUGGUGAAAUUGAAAAAAUUCGAAAAUUUAAUAUGCAUUAAAUAUUUUUAUGAUUUGAUAUAAGAUAUAGUUGUCGAUAUUAUUAAUUGCUAAAUAAAUAUGCAGUUAUAUACUCAUGAUUUUGAAAAGUUAUCAACAAUAUCUUA